UUAUCGAAAAAAAAGAAAACAUACCAUUCAACCAAUCGAUGGUGUUUUUUUUGUGCAAUGCAACAUUCAAUUGCACAUAUCAAUCCCCAAUCUUCAUGAUUAGAAUUGAAUGAGUAUAUAUGUGGAACGCCUUGUUAUUCACUUUUGGGUGAAUGAUAUGACACAUAUCUUCUAUAUAUAAUGAUAUUAAAAGAAGCCGGUGUUCUCUCUAUAGAGCACCAAAAAAUAUUGACAUUUUCUAUGCGUCUAGGUUCCAUUUAUUGAAUUGGUUCCAUGGUCAAACACGCACACAUACGAGCAUACAUUUGUAUAUAUAGAAUACCAAUAUUAUAUUGAUAAUGAAUUCAGAAUUGAACAAUAUGGUUAAAAAUUGUUUUUACAUAAAAAAACAUAUAGUAGCCGAUGUGGCAACAAAAAAACAACAACAACAACAACAAAUUGCCUCGAUCGACAGGAUGUCGAGAAUUUUGUGACUCGAUUUGAUUGAUUAAAAAUUUCCAAAUCAAUACAAUGGAUAAUUCAGCCAUUUCGAAAAUGCAGCUCCAUUAUUGGGAGGCUAAACAAACAUUUUUGAAGAAAAUCAAACGUAAAGAAGAUGAUUUUAUUGUCGCCUCUGAUGCCGAAUUAGAUGCUAAAUUAGAGCUACUUAAAUCGAUUGAUGAAACCAAUCAAAAUCUUUUGAAUUUAUUGGAAAUAUAUCAAGAUCGUGUAUGUGCAUUGGCACAAGAAGAAUGUAUCCUUGGUCGUUUUCUUCGGGAAUGUGGCAAACAUGAUACAACUAAAGCGGGCAAUCUUAUGUCCGGUUCAGGCAAAACGUUCCUAUUUGCUGGUCAUCAAUUUAUUAUGUUACGUAAUGUUCUUAUACGUUCAUUUCGUGAUAUACAAACAUUUCAAUAUCGAGCUGUAACCGAUACGUUUGAUACUGUUGAACAAAUGGAAAAAUCUCGUACCGGAUAUCGUGCCGCAUUAUUAUGGAUGAAAGAUGUUUCGCAAAAACUUGAUCCUGAUGCCUAUAUGCAAAUGGAUAAAUUUAAAAAAAUUCAAAAUCAUGUUCGAGAAAAGAAAAAAGUAUUUGAAAAGUUAAAGAUUGACACCAUUCAAAAGAUCGAUCUGUUGAGUGCAUCAAGAUGUAACCUAUUCAACAAUAUUCUUCUUUCAUAUCAGAAUAUGUUGAAAUCUGUUUGGGGUAAAACAACCAAAACAAUGAACAUCUUUGUCGACACAUUUAAAUCUCAUCUGAAUUAUCAAUUCACCAUGCUGAAAGAAUUGAAUGAUGUUGAUUCGAAUGUGGAUGAAGCGCACCAAAAUUUUGAAGAAAAACUCAAAGAAAUUCUCGCUAAUGAACCAAAUACAAACGAAAUGGAUAUUUUAAUAUUUUUUGAAGCUGAUUAUACCGAUAAUAAGGACAUGAUACCGGCCGAUGAUAAUGCCAAGAAGCGAUAUCUUGGUGGUCGACGAAAAAAUGGUUCUAGUAAAAAAAAUGAUAAUCCAAAAAAUUCUAAAAAUCCAAAGAAUAAAGAUAAAGAAAUCGUAGCGAGUGGCCGAAAAGAAUCGGACAUGGAGAAAGCGUUACUUGAUUUUAAUUUUGAAACUAAUCACGAAUAUGAUAAUGAGAAUGAUAUGAACGGAAAAAAAGAAAUUAAACUUGAACAUCUCAAUUCCUAUAUGCCUAGUUCAUUAAUUGAUUUAGGCCAAAUGAUUCACACGGAUCACAUUGAUGAUGAUGAACCAAAUAAAACAAUAAGUUUUUUCGACAAACUUAUGUUAUCGAAAGAUGUCACCCAUAAACUUCCAACUACUGAUGAUAAAAUUUCAAGCAUUUUAAAUGAUGACCAAACAAAUUCCUCAUCAUCAAAAACAACAGCCAAGGUAUCAAAUUAUGGUAUUAAUGUUUCAAUCUAUAUUUAUGAAAUUUUUAUAUCAAAACAGAUUUCAACCGCUACUCCUGCCAAUAAUAAUAAUAGUACAUUGGAUACAUGGCUAAAUCUUUUUGCCGACAUUGAUCCAUUAUCGAAUCCACAGGAAUUUGAUAAAAGAUUCUCAUCGGAUAAAACGAGUAUAAGCGAUAGAAAUUGUUGAAUUCAAAAAA